AUGCAAAAGACGACUGUCAUAGCAAAACGUGAACAUUUAAAAGCGGGAACUUUCGGACUUGCAGUAUGGCUUUGUGGAUUAAAUUCACGGGAUGCUAGUAGAGAAAUUAUGAAGAAAACUAUUUGUGAAUUGAAAAGAGAAAACAUUAAGCUUUGGAUUUUUCCUGAAGGAACUCGAAGAAACACUGGGACAAUUCAUGAGUUUAAAAAGGGAGCUUUUCAUGUCGCUAUUCAAGGACAAGUUCCAAUUCUUCCUGUCGUAUUCAGUUCAUAUCAAACAUUUCUAGAUGACAAUAAACGAAUUUUUCUUUCUGGAAAAAUUAUUAUUGAAGUAUUACCCGAAAUCUCUACAAGAGGAUUAACAAGUGAUCAUUUUUACGAUAAUAUGCAAUUGAAGAGAAGAAAAAAAAAUUCAGUUAAUAAGAACACGUUGAAGUUGGCAGUUGUGCUAAGUUCUCAAAAUGCUACCAACAGCUUUCAUAGUUUUCAUUUAUUUAGUCGCGUUUCUUGUUGA